AGCCUCUAUUACUGCACGCCAGGACGGGCAGACUUUAGACCUUGAAGAAACAGAAAGUCCGGCACAGAAGACAAGAAGAGGGCCUGGCUGUCCAAGGGACUCGGGUGCCGCAAAGAGACAGCCAACAGCAAUGGCAAAGUUUCUGUCCCAGGAUCAAAUCAAUGAGUUCAAGGAGUGUUUUUCUCUCUAUGAUAAGAAACAAAAUGGCAAGAUCCAAGCCGGUGACCUCAUCACGGUUAUGCGGAGCCUGGGAAGCAGCCCCACCCCGGGAGAAGUCGCCCGGCAUCUUCAACUGCACAAAAUCGACAGCAACUCAGAACUAGAUUUUUCGACUUUCCUGACCGUCAUGCACAGACAAAUGCAGCAAGAAGAUCCCAAGAAUGAAAUCCUCUUAGCCAUGUUAAUGGCCGACAAGCAGAAGACUGGCUUCAUCACGGUGCCAGAACUGAGGGCCAAGCUGAUGAACCUGGGAGAAAAGUUGUCGUGGGAAGAGGUGGACAACCUUCUGAAAGAAGCCAAAGUGGGACAGAACGGCAUCGUAAAAUAUGAAGAGCUGGUCCAGUCAAUCACGCUUCCUGCUGUAGAUUACUGAGCUGUGAAAACCCAAGAACCAGACCAGUGUACAGCUGUGCCUUGGCUUUGCCUCUGGAAUGUCUGGGCUCCUUACCAUUUGCCUUAAAAAUAAUAAAGUAUUUUCCUUAUGGAGACCCUGA